AUGGCGGAAGUCCCAUCUGAACCUCCCCCGCGCGGCCUCAAGAACAAAGUUGCGAUUGUGACUGGAGCAGGAUGCGAUGGUGACGGUAUUGGUAAUGGCCGUGCGAUAUCAAUCAUGCUCGCGGAUGAGGGCUGCCAUGUCCUCUGCCUAGACAAGGAUUUGGCAUGGGCGCAGAAGACCGCGGAGAUGGCAGCUUCGAAACCACACCGUGGAAGAGCUGUAGCAAUUGAGGCCGAUGUUACCAAAUCCAGCGAUUGCGAGGCAGCGGUGGCCAAAGCUAUGCAAGAGUUCGGCAAGCUAGAUAUAUUGGUCAACAACGUCGGCAUCGGUGGUGCACCAGGAACGGCGGUUGAGGUUGACAUGGAAGCUUGGGCGAAAGGACUUGAGAUCAAUGUGAGCAGCAUGGUACAGAUGGCGAAGUACUGCAUACCGGCUAUGCAACAGAAUGACGGCGAAAUGAAAGGCAAUAUCGUCAACAUGGGUUCAGUCGCCGGGUUGAAAGGAGGGACACCGCAUUUGUUGUAUCCAACCAGCAAAGGUGCAGUGGUGAACAUGACGAGGGCGAUGGCUGCGCAUCAUGCAGCUGAUGGUAUCAGGGUAAACUGUGUUUGUCCCGGAAUGCUUUAUACACCCAUGAUGUACGCAGGCGGCAUGAGCGAAGAAGCACGGGAAGCUCGAAAGAAACGAAGUCUGCUCGGUACAGAGGGCAACGGUUGGGAUGCAGCCUGCGCCGUCACUUACCUCGCCAGCGAUCAUGCGAGAUGGGUGACGGGUGCGGUAUUACCUGUCGACGCUGGCGCAACAGCAGCGGUAGGCAUCGGAAUGCCGAAAAGCGCCAGUGUCAACGGAUAA